CCGUCUUGUCACACAUUAGAAUCAAGGGAAUUAGAGCGUAAUAAGAAUAGAUGCCUUCUAACGCAUCCCAUAUAAACCUUGACAUUCGCAGUUCAGUGUGACAGGAGAUAUGACGUUGGAAAACUUUCCCUCCCGCGUGGAAAUGCCGAAGCAACUUGCAGACAGGUAUGCAGAAUACCCAGGUCCUGUACAUGAUCAACCAAUGUAUUAUCCAUACGAACCAUCUGCCACAUCUCAAGGCCAUAUAAGCCAUGUAUCAUUGCCUUCAAAACACCACUUCAGCGGUGGAAGCCAUAAAAACAAUGCCGCGAUGUCAGCGUUAACGCUGCUGGCUUUUCUUUUUUUUCUCCACAUUCUCCAACAAUGUUUAAAAGAACAUAUGACUGCUGUCAGUACACCGCAGGUCAUGAUAAUGACCGGUGGAAAAGAGGGCGAGGAAACCAUCCGUCGAACAUCAAACAAAAAAGUUGAUAAAACCGGUGUUUUAGAAACGGAAGAAAAACGUAAAAAUACAUUAAAUCCAAGUGACGUAACUGAAUCAUCAAACGAUGAUAGUAACAAAUUUUUCAUGAAAAUCACUUCAUCCGAUAACGCGCACUGGAAAAAGUUCCAAAAUAAUCCAAACACGUAUAAAAACGAUUAUAAAUCUGAAGUUCCAGAAUAUUAUUAGAACCGGGGGUGA